GCUGGAUAGGCAUCGGUAUCAAUUAGUAGGUUGGGAAACUCAGCCUUGCCAACCAUGCCCUGGCAGCCCCUCCGAGAAGCAUUUCCAGGAGGCUGGGGACAGGAUCCAUGGUCAAGCCAGGGGGCAUCUGCCUGGUUGAAGGCCCCUGAACAGCCUGUUCCAUCAUAGACAUUUGCAGAAUGCCUUAUUUUCAGAGACUCGUUUUGUUCUUGUUUUGCCUGAUGGUUCUUGUGGAGAGCAGAAAAUCCAGGAGGAAGAGAUGGACAGGGCAGCUGGAAAUGCCCAAGCAAAGUCACUUGUAUAAAAAGAACCUUGAUGUGACCAAAAUCCGGUCAGGAAAACCUCGGCCUCUGCUCAGAGUAGACGACCAUGACUUCACCAUGAGGCCAGCCUUUGGAGGCCCUGCCAUCCCUGUGGGUGUGGACGUGCAGGUGGAGAGUCUGGACAGCAUCUCCGAGGUGGACAUGGACUUCACCAUGACCCUGUACCUGAGGCAUUACUGGAGGGACGAGAGGCUGGCCUUCCCCAGCACCAGCAACAAGAGCAUGACCUUUGAUGGCAGGCUGGUGAAGAAGAUCUGGGUUCCGGAUGUCUUCUUCGUUCACUCCAAACGGUCAUUUACUCACGACACCACCACGGACAACAUCAUGCUAAGAGUGUUCCCAGAUGGCCAUGUGCUGUACAGCAUGAGGAUUACCGUCACGGCCAUGUGUAACAUGGACUUCAGCCAUUUCCCUCUGGACUCCCAGACCUGUUCCCUGGAGCUGGAGAGCUAUGCAUACACAGAUGAAGAUCUGAUGCUCUACUGGAAGAAUGGGGAUGAGUCCCUGAAAACAGACGACAAGAUCUCCCUGUCCCAGUUUCUGAUUCAGAAAUUUCACACGACGUCCAGACUGGCCUUCUACAGCAGCACAGGCUGGUACAACCGUCUGUACAUCAACUUCACUUUACGUCGUCACAUCUUCUUCUUCUUGCUCCAAACCUACUUCCCUGCCACGCUCAUGGUCAUGCUGUCCUGGGUGUCCUUCUGGAUCGACCACAGAGCUGUGCCUGCCAGAGUUUCACUGGGAAUCAUGACGGUGCUGACCAUGUCCACCAUCAUCACGGGCGUGAACGCCUCCAUGCCCCGUGUGUCCUACAUCCGGGCGGUGGACAUCUACCUCUGGGUCAGCUUCGUGUUCGUGUUCCUCUCGGUGCUGGAGUAUGCGGCUGUCAACUAUCUGACCACGUUGCAGGAGCAGAAGGAACGGAAGUUUCGAGAGAAGUUCCCGUGUAUGUGUGGAAUGCUUCACUCAAGAACCAUGAUGCUAGAUGGAAGCUACAGUGAAUCUGAGGCCAACAGCCUGGCUGGCUACCCGAGAAGCCAUAUUCUAGCGGAAGAAGAAAGGCAAGACAAGAUAGUGGUCCAUUUGGCCCUCAACAGUGAAUUGACGUCCUCCAGAAAGAGAGGACUUCUCAAAGGCCAAAUGGGGCUUUACAUCUUCCAGAACACCCACACCAUUGACAAAUACUCCAGGUUGAUAUUUCCAGCCUUCUAUAUAUUUUUCAACCUAAUUUAUUGGUCAGUGUUUUCCUAGGGAUUCCAAGGCUGUGUCUAAGACAGCCCUUGGUGGACACAUGGACCUGACAACCACACUUCCUACACCAGACCAAGCAGCUGGCUUGGAGGAGUCCAGGGACCUCCAGCUGCCCUCACCCCAUCUUUGUGGGUCUUUUCCUAGAUCAUGCUGUGUUCCACAUCACACUUCCCACCUCUCUCAACAGAGCUGUCUUUUGCUGUAUGUGAACUUGCUCACAAGAACUCCCCCCACACCUACUUAACAAAAGACUCAAAGGCCUCCCAGAUGUUCUGAGAUGCUCAGUAUGGAAAGAAAGAAAAUGAAGGACAAACUAAGGGGCAUUCUGGGUAAGAAACUGGGUGCAAAAAUCUGUGAACUUAUCCAGCUGGAUUAAGUGCCUACACUGGAAGAAAAAAACUCAGAACGGGACAGGAAAUGAUUUGGCCUCAACAAAACUGGCAACUGACAUGAUUUUAUAAAUGCUAGAGGAAAUCGUUCAUUUCCCUAUUCAAUUAAUCAUUCAUUAAACACCAAGCCCCCACCCUGUGCCUAGACCUGUGGGAAUGAAUGAGUAGUCUUUUCCUUCACUGAGCUUCUCUAAGCUGUGCUCAUUCUACGUACACAGUGUAUUCUGCAUCCUGUUCUCUGCUCUGCCUCACUCGUCCACAGACCCAUUCUGUUUCCUGGUGUUUUCACUCUAGGUCUGUCUAGAAAAGCACUUCCAUGCUCUUGCAAGGCCCUCCUGAAGACAGCUCAGGGCUUCUUCCCUGGGGCAUCCUUGCAGAAUGAACCGAGGGCUGAGAAUACAACAGGACUUGAGUAUUGGAGAAAACACAGUGUGAUCCUGGGGAGUGGGGGAUCUAGGUCUGCAGUGGAUCUAGUCAGAUACCCCCACUUCCUGUUUCAGGUCCCUCCCCUUCUUCCUCAGCAAAACAGCAUCCUUAAUGUCAUCAUUAUCAUUAUCCCUGUGUCCAAGUCCAGUCCCCACCCUAGAGGUUCCACAUUCUAGAGUGACUUCUCCUCACUUCUACAAGGGGCUCUUUCCUCUACUACCACUGAGUGAGCAUUAAGAAGGUAACCUGACUCAUUUAGCUGACACUGAAUCGUGGUAGGAGAUGGCUAGAACAUUUAAGGAAAUCUCUGCCAGAAUUUUGGGUGGUAUAAAGGGUAUGAUUCUGAUAAGAAGUUCUUUAAGUUAAAGCAUCUGGGGUCAGAAGGUUGUUUCUCAGGAGCUAAGGGGGAUGUCCCCCUCCAGAUCCGUGCUUACUGAAGGACACUGUUCCUCUUCCUCACCAUCCCCACCUGCUUCCUGUGAGGGGCUGGGUAGCUAGUUAAGAGCAGAAAAGCGAUCCACAAAGGAAGGCGAAAUCUCACUUCAAAUUAAGUUCUGGCUGGUAGAGUCUGCUCCCCUGCACAUGACUCCAGGACAGGAAUUAGUUGUGCGGACCAGGCACACAGGACUAUCGAACCUCCAUGAAUUUCCACCCAGGGAGGGCCUGCUGCUGCUGCUGCCGCCGCUGUUGCUUGAUUCUUUCUCUCCCUCAGUGUGAUUGGCUCUCACAUCUCUGUUCCUUCAGGACCACUCCCCACCUUGUGUCCUCUAUCCUCUUACAUACAUCUGUGUCAACUGGUUCCAGUUACUGGUUUCAACAGUUCCUUGCCCAUGCUAAAGAUUCAUCAUCUCUAGCCACCAGCCUUGACCUCAGCUGCAGCAUCUAGCCCAACCGUUCAGAGGCUGUGUGCCAGAGUGGGAUUCAUAGAGCAGGCUCAGCCAGGCUAGUUCAAGUACCACUGUGACAUGCAUUACCUUAGGUGGCUGCAAGUUCAGUAAGCGUCCAAGGCUACCCUGAUAUUUAAGAAUUCUCCAGAAGGACUCAGGGAACUCAGAAGAGCCAUUAUCUUCAUGGUUACCACUUACUACUGUAGCGUAAAACCAGAAUCAGCAAAGGAAGAGGUGCACAGGAGGACAGGGGUGGAACUCGAAAGUGUUCUCUCCUCUUGGACCUAUAUGGACUGUGCUUGUUCUCCCCAGCAAGGAUGUGUGAAGAGUUCAGGAAGCUCAGCCAACUCAUCGAGGUGUACAAACUUGGCAUCACUGAUUGUCCACAUGACUGAUCUUAGUCUGCAGCAUUUCUGGAGGUUGAGCAGGUCUGCCUCAGGCACAAGGUGCCUAAUGGGGUUCUAGAAACUGAGACGCUCAAGAACAUGGGCCUCAUCCAAGCUUGUCUCCUAACUGUCUCCUGUACUAGUUACUUUUUGUGUUGUUGGGACAAAAUUCUUGACAGAAGUGAUUGAAGGGAGGAAGGAUUCACUUCAUCGUUUUUGUCUGGCGUAGAGAGGAAGAGUUCAAAUUGGCGGGAAUGUGUGUCUGGGGCUACUCAUGCUGGUGAAUCAGAUACAGAAAGCUCCAGCAAGAGCUGUAUGCAGAUAUAACCUUUAAAGCCAACCCCUCCAACCUCUGUGACCAUGUGCUAGCCAGGCCACGGGUCCCAAAGAUUCCAUGGCCACCUAAAACAGUGCUACCAUCUGGGACAGUGAUUCAGACAUGUGAGCCUUCGGGAGACAUUUGUAUUCAAACCACAGCACCCCCUAAAAACCCAGCUUUUAGAGACAUUUACCAUGUGAUCUAGACACUGAGUUUCCAACACACAGAACUUGGAGGGUCACAUUCAAAUCAUAGCAUGUGUUAGGACCACAGUAAUGCUUCAACAUGUGAUAUAAAUUCUGAAGAAAGAAAGGUAAGACUGAGUCUCAAAGGCAAAGCUGUCCUUCAAAUACUCUUCAAAGUGGGCAUUUGGAUAGGGAAAUGUGGGGCCAGUUAUGUGCUAGGUCUCUGCUAGGACAAGGAAGAAUUUAAUCUGUAGUAAGAUGAGAAUUUAGGGAACCUCAAACAGCUAGAGCAGGCUUGACUUAAGGCCAGAGAGGUGGCAUCAGUAGUUCUGGCCACACCAUGAUCAGGUCAUAGGACCCAAUCACUCAAUGACCAGAGUUCCUGAGAAUGCAGAUUACAAGCCUUAGUCUGGAGUUUUUGUAGCUGAGGAUAGGGAAGGGGGAAGAGUUUUGUAAUGGGCAGAUUGGGGGAUGGAUGUGUUCCUUAGACAAGCUAUGUUUGAGAUGGCAGUGUAUUGCCUCCUUUUGUAACUACUGGGUGUCUGAGGUUGGGAUCAGCUGUGAGAUGGUUUGUAUGUCAAAUGUGUUGCUUUGAUUGGGUAAAAUAAAUAA